CCUGGGCCCGAACAUCAUCUUCCUUGUCAUCAACAUCCUCAUCCUCAUCCUCAUCCUCUGCCACCUCAUCCUUGGACGCAGAUGAGGAUGGCCCCAUGCCCUCUCGCAACCGGCCACCCAUCAAGACCUAUGAGGCCCGCAGCCGCAUCGGCCUCAAGCUCAAGAUCAAGCAGGAGGCGGGGCUCAGCAAAGUGGUGCACAACACUGCACUGGACCCUGUGCACCAGCCCUUGCCUGUACCUGCACCUGCGAAAGGGGCAGAGCCUCCGCCACGCUCAGCUCCACCCUCACUCCCUCCUGCCACGCAGGCACAGAUGAAUGGCACUUUGGACCAUCCCCCGCCCGCAGCACGCAAACCCACAGUGCCUGCGCCCUGCCCACGUCUACCAUUGCGCAAGACCUACCGUGAAAAUGUGGGUGACCCAGGUGCUGCCGAGGGUGCACAGGGACGGCCGCGGGGUGCAAGCAGCCCGACCUCACUACCUGCCAAGGUGGAUGAGGCCACCAGUGGGCUGAUCCGCGAGCUGGCUGCAGUGGAGGACGAACUGUAUCAGCGUGUUCUGAAGGGCGGCCACCACCCCCAAGAAACCCCAGCCUCCACACCAGCCAGGGCCCCACCGAACCCAGCUGGGGAAGCACCUGCACUGCCCCCGGCCAAAACGACGCAAGUCCCGAGUCCCCUGAUGUGGGACCAGGCCAGCUCUCUAGUGACAGCCCGCAGGACGAUACGCUCACUGAGCAUUUGCAGAGCGCCAUCGACAGCAUCCUUAACCUGCAACAGGCCCCUGGCCGGACACCCGCAGCUCCCUACCCCCAUACAGGGCCCAUGCCUGGCAACCCCACAUCCCCAGCACCUCUGCACAGGCCAGACGCCUUUCCACCAUCCAGUCACAACGGUGGCCUCGGUGCCAGGACGUUGAACAGAUAACACUGGGCUGCUCCUGCGGCCCCUGUCAGGUGCUCCCAAUCCCACCUCCAGGGGAACAGCCUGGCAGCCGACCUCCACCUCUAAGGGGACACUAAACCAGUCCCCAACAAUUCUUGCCUAAGUUAUUUGAGUCACAAAGGCCUCCCCACCCUCCUGCUUUCACAUUGGCAAGAGAGUUGGGAUGGGGCGUGGGCUUUCUAGGGGAGGGGGGUUCUGUUGCAAUGUACAAUGUCCUCCUGGCACAGGACAGGCCAGGGGAUAAGAGUGAGUGUUUCCCAGGACUGGGCUACUGGGUUGAUGCACUGGUAACAUCUGAAUACCAGGCCUUAUCUGAUUGGCUACACGGAUCACUGUCCAGGGCGCUCAGAGCUGUGAGAGACCUUCAGACAGGCUCAGCUCACUUCCCGUUCCCUGCAGAGCCUGGAAAAUUAGGAAGCAAGGACUCAAGCCAGUGUCCCAAAGUACCUGCGUCCCAUCCAUACGUGCACACGCCAGAGUCCUCCUGUGUGUGUACAUGCACGAGAGAGUAAGAGAGAUUCCCACCACCCCCAUCCCUCCCGAGGAACAAGACACGGGGUCUUCCUCCUCCCAAGCCGUCUUCCCUAUAUUCUUCUUGCCUCCAGUCCACCAUGCCACGUUUUGAAAUCUUGGAGACAAAACUAGUACUGUAAGAUAAAGAUUUUUUUUGUACUGUAUUUAUUGUGUAUAACGAUUUUUUUAAGGGAAAAUUCUGUACAUCUAGAACUCUUGUAAAUUAAAAGCUGAUCCUUUUUUUUUU